AUGCAACAACACAUUGAUCGUGACAAGCUCUAUACUGAUGGUGCUUAUCGUUUCCAAUACGUGACCAACUUUAUGGACUUUGGUCCUGAUGAUAUCAAGGUCAUUGAAACGGUUGGUCCUCGUCUUAAGCCUUUGAUUCCUGCUGUGGUGGAUGCUGUCUAUGACAAGCUCUAUGGCUAUGAUAUCACAUGGAAGCACUUUUUGCCACGCAACGAAGGUUACCAAGGCAAGGUUGUCGAUGACUUGGACAGCUUGAACCCCAAUUCGGACCAAAUCAAGUUCCGCAAGGACUUUUUGAAGCGUUAUUUGGAGAAGCUCUUUGAUGGCCCUUAUGAUGAACGCAUGUUGCGCUAUUUGGAUCAUGUUGCAAAGAUCCAUACCGACACUCCCGAAAAAAAGAGCCGUAUCAACGUUGAAUACAUUCACAUGAACGCACUUAUGGGCUAUGUCGAAACCACGCUCGUGGGUGGUGUGCUUUCUCUCAACUUGCCUCGUGAAGAAGAAGCCAAGGCCCUUUCUGCAUUCAACAAGCUCUUAUGGAUCCAAAACGAUUACUUUGCAAAGUACUAUUGCAAUCCCAAGGAUACUGUGCAAAACACCUCCACGUCAUCCCUGUGCAACAGCGUCAACUGGACCACAGCUGCUGCCGCUGUCAUUGGUGGUUUGGCCGUGUGGCUUUACCGAUCACAACAUUAA